AGGUUGCUACACAGUUCAGUUUUGAGCUCAAACCAACCACUAACAAUGGCUUCAGAGCAUGAAGAAGUAAAGCUAUUGGGAAAAUGGGCAAGCCCAUUUAGCAACAGAAUAGAUCUUGCUCUGAAACUCAAAGGAGUUCCAUACAAAUACUCGGAGGAAGAUCUAGCCAACAAGAGUGUUGACCUUCUCAAUUACAACCCCGUUUACAAGAAGGUCCCAGUUCUGGUUCACAACGGAAAACCAAUAGCUGAGUCCCUUGUCAUUCUUGAAUACAUAGACGAGGCAUGGAAAAACAACCCCUUUUUGCCACAAGACCCUUAUGAGAGAGCCUUGGCUCGUUUUUGGUCAAAGACCCUUGAUGACAAGAUCUUGCCACCUAUAUGGAAUGCUUGUUGGUGUGAUGAGAAGGGGCGUGAGAAAGCUGUGGAGGAAGCCUUGGAAGCUUUGAAGAUAUUGCAAGAUGAACUACAGAACAAGAAGUUCUUUGGAGGAGAGACCAUAGGAUUAGUAGAUAUUGCUGCAAAUUUCAUUGGGUAUUGGGUUGAUAUAUUACAAGAAAUUGCAGGGUUGGAGUUGUUUACCAUUGAGAAAUUUCCCAAACUCUAUAAAUGGAGUCAAGAGUUUGUGAAUCACCCUGUGAUCAAGGAAGGCCUGCCUCCCAGAGAUGAACUGUUUGCCUUUUUCAAAGCUUCUGCUUCAAAGUAGAAUCCAUUUGAGAGGUAGGAUUCAUAAGAAUCAUAACUAGUUUCCAUAAUUUUCCUGCUGAACAAUCAUCUUGUAGUGAGCAUAAACUUGUUAUGUUUUCAAUUGGGUAUCCGCUAUUUCAGUUUCGGAAUUAAAAAGUAGUGUUGUGUGUUGUUGC